AUGGAUACACCUCAAUAUUCAUCUGCGCCAAGCAAUAUCAACUGUCUACCAAAUGAUUUAUUGUUAGACAAAAUCCUUAGCACAUUGCCGUUCAGAUAUGCUGUUCAGUGCAAGGUUGUUUCCAAUCAAUGGUUGGCUUUGAUCUCAAGUACUCGUUACAACAUAGUCUUUUUAUGUGCCCAGCUUGCUCAAUUCAAUGCCUUCUUUAUAUUUCUCAUGCCGAACGAGGUCAUGUUGACUUUCCUACCUAACGGUCUCGGAGAAUCUCCUAACUCUUAUUUGAUUAAGUUCGAUAGGCACAGUCAGAAUCUACUUUAUCCAGACAUAUUGGUCAAAAGAAAUAUAUGUGGUAGUUCUGGUAACUUGCUUCUAUGCUGCGACAAGGGAUACAAUCUUGGGAGUGGCUAUUACCUCUGUGACCCGCACACCAAGCAAUGCACUCACAUCCCUUCCCCACCUUCUUUUUCAGGCAGCAAUCGUACAUAUGCUGUAGGCUUUGUUCAUCGCGGUGGUGAAACACGCAGCUUUCGGGUGGUUCUCAUUGGAUUCUUCCGAAUGGGGCUGUUUGAUGUUCCCUUUUUGGUUUUUUCGUCUGAGACAUGGCAAUGGGAAGUAUUUUACUAUGGGUUUCCAUUGGGUAUUGGGUUUGGUACUCACAGCCUCAGUUUCGAAGGAAGUCUGUAUUUCAUGUGUAGUUCUUAUAUUUUUGUGUAUGAUCCCUAUACUCGCGAUCGUCGUACAAUUCAGUAUCCUGACCCUCACCGUGAGAGAAUAAUGAGAGUUAGAUUCCUUGGCAUCUCCAGCGAGAGAUUGAGAAUAGCUGAUAUCGGCCCUGACGAUGUUAGCGUUUGGAGAAGAGUCCCCGAGAUUGAUGGUUGGAAUUUGGAAUACACAAAGAGUCUUACUGAAAAUCUCCAUCUCCCUGCAGAGUUUUGUAAUAAUUCUCAUAAGCGGGUAGUAGGUUUUCAUCCCUAUGAUGAAAAUAUCUUAUAUCUGCACUCUUACGAUGAUGGCACUUUUGCGGUGGAUCUACUUACUGACCAAUUUGAUAUCAUCCCUGGAAAUGAAAAAACUCAUGUAAGCCCGUUUCAACUAGUGCUGCCCUUGUCGCCCCCUCCAAUGCCAUGA